AUGUGGAGCAGGUUAACGGGCAGUUCUGCUGCCUCCAACAGCUCCAAGGACGAAGAAAGUCGCCGCCGCCGCACUAGCGACUCCACGCGUUCGAAGCGCGAUCGGGAGACGGGUGAGGCUAGGUCUGUAGUUUCCUCCACGUCGACCCGCAAGCCUCCUAGCACACGACGCGAAACGGCGGGUUCAUCGAUAGUGUCGUUUGCGACAGCUUUUGAUGAGAUGCCGCGCUCACGGGCAACAACAAACACGAACCCAAACACAAACACGAACAGCGACCUCUACGACGACCCAGAGAACUAUGACCGACGUCGCGACGACCGCCGAAGCAGCUACGCCGAAUCCACCACCUCGACCAUGCGCGGCGACGACAAAGACCGAAAGAAGGCCAAGGACAGGAAGGUGGAGAAGCGACGCUCAACGACGCGCUCCGAACGCUCCGGCAGCCUGUCGCAGUCGAGCAGUUACAGGGGCGACACUGGUGACAGCCCCCGCUCGGGCACCCAACGCAGCUUCAGCGGCCAGACUGGCAGCGACGGCUUCUCGCAGUUUCCUGGCCAGGCAGGAGCGCCCAUGAUGUCUGGCGCUCUGCCAGUGGGAAGCAGCGUCCCACACCAUACCGAAGGAAUGUCGAGCCACGUGCAGAGCCAAUUCCCUGGCCAGGACCCGGUGCACUAUGCGUCUGGUGCUCUACCGGGUGGCCAGCCAUAUGGAGAGGCUUCCGACUACUAUAGAGACCAAGGCCAGUCUGUGCAUGACCAGCCUGGUAUUAGACCCCAGCAAGGUCCUCUUAUAAACCACAAUACUCCCCAUCUCAUCGCCGCCUCUGCGCAUGCCAAUCCUGUCCCCGACACUGGAUCUGGCGCUGCAGCAGACUUCUACACCUCCAGCAUGGACCCUCCUUCAUCCAGGCCCCCACGACCCUCAAGCUCAUCCAUGCCUGGCGCCUUUGUCGACGACACGGCUGCGCCCCAGAAGCCACCGCGACCUGCAUCCUCCUCGAGGCCUAACAAGUCUAGCACCUAUGGCUCUGCUGCUUCCAUGGCUGGCGGGGCCGCCUUUGGAUAUGCUAUGGGCCACAGCUCUUCUAAUCAUGAACACUCUACCAGCUAUAGCAGCACGUCGAAUGUUCGCCCUUCUACCUCAUACUCAUCACACCCUAAUAAUACCCCGGCUGGUCCUACAUCAUCUUACAGCAUCGCCCAAUUCCCUCCCUACGUCGAGCCUCCUUAUGGCGACGACGACGUGCCUCCACCUAAGCCACCUCGGCCAGGCAAGCCCGAGAAGCACUCGUCUGGCAGCGCUGCCGGGCUGUAUGCUGCUGGUGCUGCCGGACUGGCGGCCUAUGGCUUACAUCACCAUAACUCCCACUCCCACUCCCAGUCGCACUCACAUUCCCAUGUGCACAGUACGUCGCACAACCACUCUUCGGCAAAUGGAACCAUACCUGGGCAACACAACGGUCUUACGCCAAGCCCGUACAUCUCAGGCGGCAUGGCCCAGCAUCAUCAACACACUGGCCCUGUCUCCAAAUUUGUCGAUUGGUGGAAGGACUACGAGGAUGUGCAAAAGAUGGAGGAGUACACAGAGUACAUUGGAGUCUGCAGGGGCUGUUUUGACCCUCGUUCCUCUGUGCUUGAUGCUCCGCGAAAGCACCACUACUACAAGAGGCGUUCCAACGAGCACAUGCGUCUCUCGGGCGGCAUCGAGAAACAAUCUCGUUACAACCUGAAAGAGAAGAAGUCUUACAAUUCUAUCUCCUCGGGUGAGGAGAGACGCAAGAAGAACUCCACCAGUGCGGCAGGAUGGGUAGCUGCUGGCCUUGGGGGCAUCGGCCUCGCAAAGGUUGGUAAGGCCGUGCUAACCGCGGGCCGUGACGAUUUCGAUGACACGUACAGCAUCAAGUCUGGACGUUCUCGCGUAUCGCGCCGCAGCCGCAGCCGAUCAGCCGAACGCAAGAGCUAUAGCUAUGGCCAAGCUGCGAUCCGUCAUCGAAGUCGCUCUGCCGAUCGCAUGUCCCAAAUGUCCGUCGGUAUUACAAAUGACAAGAAGGACCGCCGGGACCACAAGGUUCGUCGCCGACAUUCGCGAUCAAACUCCAGCUCCAGCUCUAACUCAGGGCACGGGAAGUCUGGCUUGAUUGGUGCUGCUAUCGGUGCAGGCCUGGCGAGUGCUGCUUUCGGAGCGGCCACGAAGAAGCAACCGAGCCGCUCCAAGUCCCCCAAGAGAGUCCAAGUGCUUCACCCCCGCCGAGAUAGCAGUGAUGAUGAGCGCAAGAGGAGAAGGUCCCAGCAACUCCGACGCAAAGUAUCACGCAGCUCGACUUCUGGCGCCUCCGUCAUCGAGAUUGGCGAUACUCACGAAUCUCAAGGUGGCUUCCUGGGAGGCUUCUUCGCCGCGCCUCCCCCGAAAGAGAAGCGCUCCAAGGAAAACAGCCUCAAGAAGAAGAAGAAGGGGUUCUUCAACUUCGGCAAUGGCUCAGCGUCCUCGUCUGACUCUGAGAUGGCGUUCGGCACUGGUUAUGUCAGGAGGCGCAGGCGAUCAUCAGUCAAGAGACGCAACUCUGAUGACCGCUUGAAGGCUUCGCUCAUUGGGCUUGGCGCCACUGCAGCAGCUAUCACCGCAGCCAAAGCUGGCAAGAGCAAACGCAACGAGGUGGUUACAGUCAAGGAGAACCGCCUCAGCCGCAAGGGUAGCGUUUCUUCUCGGCCUGGUUCGCGAUUCGGCGACGAUGAGUGGGAGGACCUGCCCGACGAUGGUACCUCCGAUUCCGCCAGCGAUGGCGGUCUUGUGUACGGUGACUACACCUUGAAGAAGACCAAGAGCCAAGAGUCAAUUGCGUCUGAUGACUCGGGUACGAAGAAGUGGGGAUGGCGUUGGGGUUUCGGCAAUAAGAAGAGGAGGUCUUCCAACAAUCUCUACGACAACAUUGCCAGUACCUCUCUCAUCGGACCCACUGCAGCUGGUGCCGCAGGUGCAUUGACAAGCGCGACAGUUGUAACUAGUACGAGCCAUACACACCAUGACAGCGAGUCGAGCAGCGCCCAGACGUUGCAAUCAGUCUAUCCUGUCGCACCCAUCGAUCCUAAUGCAUCAUUCGAUGCACGACGCACAAGCUCAAUCUCGACUUCGCAGCCUCUGGCGACCUCAGGGCCCGCUCCCAUCAGCAUCCAGCAGCCGCAGCCAAUGCAUCAGAUUCCCGGAACUAUCUACUCCACGCAAGCACCCCCUCAAACAGGCUAUACCGCCCCAGCAGGUCCACCUGUCUUCUCUACAUCGCCUUUCCCACCUCCCUAUCCAGCACAAUCCCAAGUCCAGAACAUCAUCAUCCAAAGUCCUCAACACCCCACAUUUCGCCGAGCUAAUUCUUCGCCCAUUCAAACAACAUCUUGGAAACGAGAUGCGGCUCUCGCUGGCCUUGCCGCAACUGCUGGUGCCGCAGCAGUCUCCGCACUCAAGCACGCUGAUCGUCCGCCUAGCCGUCCGCCUAGCGCAUCGAGCAAUGUACGCUUCAAUUUAACUCAGGAGCAAGCUGAAAAAGAGCUACGCGAGCGACGCAAGGAGCAAGAUAGGCUCGAAGAAGAAGCCAACCGUCGCCGCGAGCAGCAGCGAAGAGAGGAUGAGGCACGACGAGAGGAGGAUGAACGCAUCCGACGAGAACAGCAACGACGCGAUGAAGAGGCACGUCGAGAAGACGCUCUGCGACGAGAAGAACUGACUCGACGAGAAGAGGCGUUGCGACGUGAAGAGCUGGCACGGCGAGAAGAAGCUGUCCGACGGGAGGAAGAAGAGCGUCUGCGAAUCGAGCAGCAACUUCGAGAGGAGGAGGCCCGCAAGGUUGAAGAAGACCGUCGUCUAACUCUCCUUCGCCUCGAAGACACGGCACGCGAGGAAGACGAGCGACGACGCCGUGAACUGCAACGUCAACAAGAAGAGGCACGCAAGUUUAUGGAGAUCGAACGCCUAGCUAAGCUUGAACAAGAGCGUCGUCGUGAACAGAAUGACUUACAUGGGCGUGCAGCUCGAGAAGCCGAAGAGCGGGAGCGUCAAAGGCGCGCGGAACAUCUGGCACACCUGGAGCACCAGCGUCAGCUUGCCAUUGAGGCAUCUGAGGCGGAGCGAAAGCGGAGAGAACGUCGCGAAUCUCAGCAACAAGAGGCUGAGCUCGCCGAGGCCGCGAGGCGCGAGGCCGAGAUCCAAGAGGACCUGGAGCGUCGACGCCGGGAACAUGAAGCACAGGAGUAUUCCAGCAGAUACGAAAGCGACCGAGCACGGAAGCUUGAAUCACAACCCACUGGAAGCUCAAUCGCCUCGACUGCCACCGUCGUGCAGCGUAAGGAGCAGGAAUUGCAGGAGCGCGAACGGGAGGUCUUCCAACCAGACACCAAGAAGUCUUCUAUCGCUGGUGCUGUAGCUGCCGGUGCCGCUGCUGCUAUCGCGACAGCAGCCAUCUCUUCCUACAAAGACAAGGAGAAGGAGAGGAAAGAGAAGGAAAAGGAGAAGGAGCGUGAACGGAAGCGCGAGAAAGAACGUGAGCGUGGCUGGAAGCGCGAAUCGUCAUCUUCAAAGAGUAGUUCCUCAAAGGCCAGCUCUUCCAAGACGAGCUCUUCAAAGACAAGCGGAUUCAAGUCUGCAAAGAAGCUCGAGGCGGCCAAUGUGAAGACCAUCGAGCCCAGCAAGGUCGAACAAGACAUAUUCGAUGACGACAUUUUCAACCCCGACAUGUUCAAGGAACCACCUCGCGAGGCUGUAAAUGAAGUAUUACGCGACUGGGAGGAUAGAUACUCCGCAAAGCCAAUCUCUCAGGCCGAGUUCUUUGCACCAGCCGAACUACUACACAACGACAACUUGCCCAAAGUUCACGCUCCGAAUCCCAACGAGGGAGCUCCGGACCUACACACCUACUAUGCGCACGAAGACUACCCUACGAGCCAGCCCAUAGUCCCGCCAUAUCCACCUUCAUAUGCCUUCACUGCUACAAAAGACGGUCGGUCUGCCAGACAACAACCGCCCCCUGUACCGACAUUGAACCUCAUCAUGCCCACGCCUCCAGGUAGCCGUGCGCCAUCUGUGCGCAGUGCGUCUGUCUCCCCAGCACCACCUAUUCAGCGUAUCCGAGAGACUGAAGAAGAGCCUGACUUCAAUCGCGCCAGGUCUCGGGUGAGCUGGGGUGAGAACCAGUUUCAUCACUUCGAUGUGCCAACUCCUGAGUCUUAUCGCGAACAAUUUGUCUCGGAUGGCGAUCUCAGGCGUGCAGAGUCCAAUUACUCGCCUGACGUAGCCACUAUCCAACGUGAACCACCCAAGUCCGAACAAGCACCACCUACGUACAUGCCUUACCCCCCGGAGGCGCCUACAGCUCCUCAGCCAAAGGAAAUCGCCCCGAGCACGCAGUACAUCCGCGAAGAGGAUGAUUCGACAUGGGACAGUGUCGCAGGUGCCGCAUCAAAGAAGAGCAGCAAGAAGGAGAAGAGGAAGCAGGAGAAGGCCGCCGCCGCAGCGGCCACUGCAGCAGCAGCUACUGCAGCCGCGGCUUUGACCUCUGCAGCGGUUCUUUCGCGAGAGAAGCCUGAUGAAGCUGACUACAGGCAUGGUGAUCCUAUUACUCCCUCUACUCUUAGCAACCCGUUCUCCGACACCAACAAGGCGCCUUCCACAAUUGCCGCAUCAACCAUUUCUGCCGCGCCAUCAACCAACAGUGUCCAGACUGCCUACUCUGCUGCACCAUCGUCUAGCAGUGUCCAAACUGCCUACUACCAGCCUGAGCCUGCGCGCUCAGUAAGCAGCGUGCAGACGGCAUAUUAUCAGCCUGGACCAGUACACGAGAUGUGGAGGAUACCAGAGCAAAGCGCAGUCGGACCUGGCUUUAUUGAAGGCGAGCUUGAGGAGGAUUUGCCAAUGCACAUCCCCGGUAGCUUUGAUGACGAGCCAAUAUCUGAGCUGCCUGCUGAAGAGGCCUCAGCUUCUUCAGCGGCGAAGGAGCAGAAGGGUAAGGAGAAGGCAAAGGGUACUAACGAGACUGUAGUCACACGACGGGGCGAGCCGGAACCUGCCGUAGUUUCAGAGAGGGGCAAGGAGAAGAGCAGGGAGUCUGAGUCCGAGCUCAAGGUCAGCAAGAGGGAGAAAAAGGACAAGAAGAAGAAGAAGUCGUCAUCCUCCAAGUCAAAGCGAGCUAGUGUGGAUACCUGGGAGAUGAGCGACAUCAGCCCACCUCACAGCCCCAUCAUCGAGCGCGAUCCCCGAGACAUUGAGCCAUCACGAGCUAUCGAACGUGACCCCAGGGACAUUGAACCAUCGCGAUCCAUCGAACGCGACCCGAGAGACAUUGAACCGUCGCGGUCCAUCGAACGCGAUCCCAGGGAUAUCGAACUACCUCGACCGAGUGAGCCUUCACGAAAUGGUGAGCCGUCGCGCUUUGCCGAACUUCAACGCUCUCCUGAGUCCACUCGCUGGUCUGAUUCGCAGCGCUCCCCGGAGUCAUCUCGCUAUUCCGAUAUGCAACGAUCUCCUGAAUCAACUCGUUACUCCGACUCUCAGCGCUCCCCCGAAUCGACUCGUUCCACCGACGCAUCUCGUUCUACUCAACCUUCCCGCUCUGCAGAACCCACUCGUGUCCCAGAUCCUUCACGAUACGCCGAGCCAAGCCGGUCUUCUGAGCCUUCGCGAUCUGUAGAUCAAGCUCGGGACCACACCCCGGCAAGAAGCACAUCACAAGACAAGGAAAGCAGUGCUAUUAAGGCCGUCACUGCCGCCAUGACAGGUGGAUUUGCUGCACUAAUGGGCACCACGAUGAGCCAGGACCAAGCCAGGAUGACUUCUGACCUCGAACGUGCUAGACAGAAUCUGGCGUCUGUAGAGAAGCCUGCCCCUCCCCCAGCCAAUGGCUCUCGCGCACUCAAAGAGCACGAGAAGAACGUGACAAUCCCUAGCUAUGCAUUCGAGGGUAUUGAGGAGUUGGCCGACAAGACACCUAGACCGAAGAACCAGAAGAGGCAUAGCAGUGGCAAAUGGUCUCCAACGAUUGGAUCUCCCCUCAGGACCGAGGUGAAAUCCGAUGACUACAUGAACGCUCGUACCACUCGUUCGCAAUCUGAUGCUUCCACCUAUCAGCCAUUCGUCGAAGCCCCGAAGGUGCCUACUGCGUCUCCGUUCACGACCGUUCCUCCGUUCACAACCUCCGAGCUUACCGCCUCUCGCAGCAUAGCCGAUUCUGGCUAUUACGCUCCUGACGACAUUGCACGCAAGGAUGCCUCUGAGAAAGACUCGGAUGGAUCUCACUCAGCAGGCUCAGACGAAAGGACCCGACCACGCGAUUCAAACACCCGCGCCAAAGACGACUCCUAUGUCCGAAGCAAAUCCGACGACGAGCAGGACUACAUUAUGCGCAGCAUUGCUGAUGACGACGACGUAGGCUCAAUCGCUUCCUUGAGCUUCAAAUACGACGACCCUGACCGCGAGGAGCGACGUCGCAGACGCCGAGAAGCCAGAUCUGAGACCCGUGAGAAGAGCCAUGACCGCGGUUAUGGCGAAGAGGGCGGCGAACGUAGGCGAAGACAUCGUCGCCAUGAAGACGAGGACGCUGGGGAUGACUGGGACACGCGAUCUACAUACUCUGAAGCUCGCUCUGACGCUAACGGUGAGCGCCGGCGUAAACACAGAAGACGAGAGAGCGAGAGGGAUGCUUCGCCGUCAGAGAAGAAGCACAGGUCCCGCUCAUCUGCAGCAUCUGAACAUGGUGAUGGCUAUGACGAGCACAAGCAUUCUCGGAGACGUUCGAAGCACGAUAUUGACGACAACAAGUCCGUAGUAUCCUCAAUCGCAGGUUACGACGAGGAGCGCAGUCCAAAGAAAGAGAAGGAGAGGGAGAAGCGACCAAGUGGUUUGCUGGGUCUCUUCAGCAGCAAGUCAAGGGAAAACCUGGCUGAGGCAGCCAGCAAGUCAUCGAAAUCGAGGGACGACGACGAUGAGGAACGCAAACAUCGUAGACGGAAGCAUCGGUCAGAUCGCGCUUCUACGUACGGCUCAGACGAUGAUGAUAUGCGCUCCACGAUCUCUAGCAGUAGUCGACGCGAGAAGAGGAGUAGUCGCAGUCGCAGUGAAAGAGGAGAUAGAGACAGGGAGGAUGCGUAUGAUGACAAGGAUCGUUCAAACGCUCGAACCCCGCCCUCGCAUGCCGAUGAACAACUAGAACAAGACCAACCGUCUUUUUUAGACGAUCGGGCAGUGGCCGCAGCCGCUCCAAGUCCACUGCCCGCAAGUGAGCCUGUCCUUGAGGCUCAAAAGGGUAGUGGCAUCAUCCCGGGAGGUCGGCCCGAAUCCCCGCUUACGACAUCCGACAACACCCGCGUCACCGCCUCCGCUGAGGCCUCCGCUGACGCUGACCGGCCCAAGACACCUGAGUUGUCUUUCGAAGACAGCCGCGCGCUACUGACUCGUCUCACAGGUCUACAGCCUUGGCUGUUAGAAGCCUUCCCGGAUGAGCUUCCACCUCUACCGUUGUCACGGCCAAGCUCUCCAACCCGAUCACCCGAAUUCAGUCGCCCUAUAGCAGACUUGGCCAAAAGAAGACUGUCAUCCACUGCUGUCCCCAUUCGCUUUCGAAAACCCAGUGGUCCCUCUGUCAGCCAGCGCGACUUCUCCGGCGAGGCUCCUCAAGUGACAAGCCCUAUUCCCGUCCCAUCACCGACACGUGCUCAUCGGCAUGCAAAGUCUCACUCCACCGAAUUCAAGUCGUCGCGUGAGUUUCGACCAUUGUAUCUUGUGGAACGCAACCGCAAGUCCGGAGAUUUUCAGGAAGCGCUACCGCCUCUACCACCCAGCACCACUCCAUCAGUGGCAUCGGGCACUGAGUCAGAUGGAGAGUUUGAGUCUGCCCAGGAAUCGCCCGAUGAGCGACCUGACCCCUUCUCCAAUGAGCAACAUCUCGAUCCUUUGAGUGUCGUAUCAGACCUCAUCUCACCCCGAUAUGGACCGGAGCUUCAACACCCCGAACUCGCCAACCGCGAAAUCCAAGAAAUCGAGGAAUCUGGUCAAGCUACACCAAAGGCGUCUGAUUAUUUUGCGGGUGCACCGCAAACGCAGAAAGUCGGUCCAAACUAUGACUCUCUCACUGCCGCCUUGGAAACCGCCAGAGCUGAGCAGUAUGAGUCCUCCACUGACGACUUCAUGUCAACAUUAACGUCUCCGCAAAAUUCAACGCCUUUGGAGACCAGUGCUCCUCUUGAUGACAGCAUGAUGCGGGAUAUCAGUACGCCUCGCCGUGGAGACUCUCCCCCGUCGAGUUCGUCGAGACUUCAGGACGCUGCUCUUGGUGCAGUGGUUGGCGGAUUGACUGCUGCCGCUGCUACUGUUCUUCUAUCACGCCCCUCUUCGCCUCCACGCAAGUCUAGGGAUGUUGUUAAGGAGGUUCGACCGGCUGUUGAGGAGAAACAGCCUGAGUCUGUGCCAGAGCCAACCAUCCAGGAGAAGCAGCCUGCACCCGAGCCUAUUGAAAUCGCAGCUGAGGCUGAGCCUGUACCUGAGCCAAAGGGCAAGGGCAAGGGUAAGACCAAGAAGAACAAGAAGAGCAGGAAGACUAGCAUCUCCGGGACUCUGGCAUCUUCUCUAGUUGAAGAGGAGGCAGUGCCUGUCCAAAGUUCUCCAACCUUGAUCGAUGACGACGAGUGGACGAACAACCGACGCCAGUCUGUUGCUGAUUCUUGCGUCACCGAUGCGACUACGCUUGUUGGUUCAUCUGCUGCUGGCCCUUCUGAUGCCAAGCAAUUUCGACAGAAGGUCCUCGACAGCACCGCCCCCCAGCGAGACCAAGAUACUGAGGUCAGGCGUGCUGUCUUCGAGGACGUUCCAGAGAAGACUUUGCGAACAGCGGAACCUGUCGUAGAGCGAAAGCAAGAUCCCGAGCAGGUAGUAGACCUUGCUGCCGAGGCACCCAGGGACUUGGAGGACUUGAUUGAGCCUCAUCUGGAAACGAUUGUCGAGCCAGUCACUGAAGAAGACGUCGCUGUCACACCCAAGGCGAAGAAGGCGAAGAAGAGCAAGAAGGGAAAACGAGCCAGUCAACAAGUUGAGCCUGAGCCAGCAUCUCUGCCCGAAGCCGAAAUCCCUGCCCACUUGCGGGACGACAAGAUCUUGUCUGCACGAGAGCCACAACCCCAAGUCCCUAUCCACUUGCAAGAAGACCGGAUCCUGCCAGAGUCAGAAUCACAGCAAGACAUCAUUACGCGCAAAGUCCUCGAGCCGGCAUUCAACGAUGCUGGCGAGAAAGACAGGGUCAAUGUCAUGGAUUUCUUAGUCCAGGAAGAUGCGCCAGCAGCUCCUGCUGAGGUACCACGGGAAACUGUGGCUGAGCCUACUACUUCUAAGGCUGUUGAAGAAGCUAAGGUGGAGGUGCCGGUUGCGGGUGUUGAGGAGAGCAAGGAGAGCAAGACGGAUGUGCCUGUCGAGAAGACCAAGGUGGAUGUGCCAGUUGCGCCCGUUGAGGAUACCAAGACGGACGUUCCUAUUGCGCUUCUUGAGGAGACCAAGACCGAUGUGCCUGUCGAGGAAACGAAGGCGAGCGUGCCAAUUGCCAAGGUGGAGGAGACCAGGACAGACGUGCCCGUCGCCACUGCUGAGGAACCCAAGGCAAAGAGCCCGGCUGAGCCUGCCCUACGAUCAGCCAAGCCAACAACAGAUGAUCGUCCCAGCACAGCCGGUGCCUCAGGGGCACCCCGAAGCAUUGGCGACGAAGGACGUCGAUCUUCUGCAGCCGAAUCUGACUCGGCGUCACCGAGCUGGGGCUCUGGUAUAUGGGGCAAACUCGGUUGGGGCAAGAAGAUAGCGCCUUCGCCAACACCCUCGCCCCCUAGCUCACCCAAACCCCAGUCUGUAGUCCUUGCCGCGUUGGCAGCUGCCAGGGAAGAGGCUGCCAAGCGAAGACAAUCCAUUUCUCCUGUGUCUUCGAGGAAGAGUUCCAAGGUGGAAGCUCGGCUUGCUUCGCCUGUUCCGGACUCUCAAGAUGCGCAGGCUAAGCCGCAAUUGCAGGUUGAGACAGAGAAGAAUGCUGCUGUUCCCAGCAAGGAAGUCCCUGAUGCUACCCACCGAAGCUCUUCCAUUACUCCGCAGACUGCAUUCUUCACUGACGAGGGAAAGCCUUUCUCGUUCCCUUCAGCCUCCAGUACGUCUGUGGCUGAGACUAAGAAAGCUCCCGCCGUACAGCAGGAGGAAGUCACUCCCCGCACUUCGCUCUUCACUGAUGAUGGGAAGCCUUCGUUCGCUCUCCCUUCGAUGUCACCUACAGCGACAACACGGGCCCCUCCAACCAGGGAGGACAAGGCUGUUGCAGAAGAGCCAAAGGGCCUGGGUAUCUCAGAAGAGGUUACCGAGGAGGUCAAGGAAGUUCCUGCAUUCGUUGCUCCUCAGACCACAUUCUUCACUGAUAAUGGGAAGCCAUCUUUCACAUUCCCAUCAUCCCCAAAGCCUGAGGAGACAAUCUUGGAGCCUGCUCCGGCGGAAUCUGAAGCGCCUGCCGAAGAAGCGGUCGUGCCUGAACCCAGCUCUGCAAAGAAGAAGACCAAAAAGGAGAAGAAGGACAAGAAGGCCAGCGUACAGAUCACCGACCCCUUGGAACCCGAGGCCGAUGUCAGCAAGCCUGCCGACACUCCUAUUGAUACUGCAGUAGAAACUGCGCCCGAGCCGUCGACCACUGAGCCAGCCGAGCGCGAACUCCCAGCCAGCGAACCUGUCGAGACUCCUAUGGAGACUGCAGUAGAAGCUUGGGGCGAGCAAUUGCUACCUGAGCCAACUCCUGCCAGCGAGGAACCUUCCACAAUCUUGGGCGAAGCAGAUCUCCCCAAAAAGAACCUCGCUGCCAAUGAGCCCGCUAGCGUGGAGCCUGUAGUUGCAGGGACUUCUAUCCCCGAGGGCGAGGAAGUCACUCCAAUCGCGGACAAGAAGAUGACCAAGAAGAGCAAGAAAGUCCAGAAGGCUGACCAAGAAAGCACUGAGGCCGAGAGGCCAUCUUCUACGACGCUUGUCGAACCUGUGAUCGAACGCACACAUGACGAUGUCCCUGCCAGCGAGCCUGUACCGGCGACUGAAGAAGCUCCUGCUGCUGAGCCAGCAGCAACAGAGACUGUCCAAGAGAAGGUGGUCAAGCCUGAGGCCGAGACUGAGAGCUCCAUCCCGGAACCUGCAUCUGCAGCUACACCGGAACCAUCGGCUCUCCCUGUCGAACCAAUUGUGACUGAGCGGGACUUGCCUUCAGUUCAAGACUCGCCAAAGACGAAGAAGGGCAAGAAGAACAAGCGAAAGAGUGGUACUGCCACGCCUCUGGUUGAAGCCGAGCCCACCGCCGAGGCUUCCACCGCUGCUUCUGAGCCUUCUGUAAUCGACCGAGACUCGCCUAAGCAGCUGACCACUAUCGUGGAACCCGCACAGGCUGCUCAAGUUGAGGCAGCUGAUGUUCCCCUUCCAGUAGACCAGUUUGACAACGACCUCAAGGAGUCAACUGCCGUUGAGCAACCUGCACAGCCUGCUCAAGUCGAGGCUGCCAAUAUCCCUCUCCCAGUCGCGCAGCUCGAUGAAGAUCUCAAGGAACUUGUAGAAGUGGAGUCUUCCAAGGAUGCUCGUCCUCCACAGGAGCCGACUCCUGAAGCUUCAAUUACGGCUGAGGCUGAACCCCCUGCUACGCCGAAGUCCAAGAAGGCCAAGAAGAGCAAGAGGAAGAGCGAGAUGGCGACACCUCGGCCUGAGGUAGAGACCAUAGUCGAGCCUGCUACACCUGUCACGGAAGCUCCUGCGCCACUUGCUGAAGCAGUGGCACCUGCGGAGACCCCUACUAGCCAGUCCUGUGAUAUCGGAGAACCUGUAUCUUCCAGUCAAGCUGAAGUUCCGGAAGUUUCUCUUCCCGAAAAGAAGGUUGACGACGUGGUUGAUGCUGCAGCCGUUGCUCUUCCCACUGAUGACCUCACCGAGGACUUAUCUGAGCCUUUGGAACAGGCAAAGCCUGAGGCCGACAGCUCAACUUCCGUUGAGCCAACGACAAAAGACAUCCAGGCUGGAGCCGAUGCAGCAACCAUUCCUCUCCCGAUUGACGACCUGGAAGACUUGUCUACGCCCCUGGAGAAGUCUGACCCGCUGGUCGAGGCCUCAACUCCGGCCGAGCCAACAACCGAGGAUAUGCCUUCUACACCGAAGAAGAGCAAGAAAAAGAAGGCCAAAAAGACAAAGACAUCGGUUGAUGAGCCCAGCACGCCAGUCAUCCAGGAACAGCAAGAGCUCGAAAGACCUACCAAGCCUGCCCCAGUUGAGUCCGAAGCAGCAUCCGCCGAACAAGUAACAGAGCGGUCGGCGUUGAAACCAGCACAGGUGGAUCCCUUUGUUGAAAACACGGUGACUGAACCACUUCCUGCCGAGAGCGAGGCUUCUGCAGUCGCUGAGCCUACCCAUGAGCCCAUCUCUGAGCCUGUUUCAGAGCCAGCCCCAGAGCCAUUGCUACCUGUCGAAGAGGAAGUCGUAACGCCUUCGAAGAAAGCCAAGAAGAAGAAGGGCAAGAAGGGCAAGGUCGAAGAGGAAACACCUACAACGCUAACCACUGAAGUUCAGCGCGAGCUGGGACCCAUUGUUGAACCAGCACAAGCUGAGUUAGCCACCGAGAACCUUGCUCCCGUUUCUGAGAAGCAACAAGCAGCCGAACCUGUCGCUGAAGCUCCUACUGAGGUCGUUCCCGAGACUGUCACUACUGUCAUCGAAGAGCUAUCUGUUCCCCAGUUAACACAAACUAAGCCCACCGUUGAAGGGCCCAUCCCGGUUGAGGUGAAGCCAGUCGAAGAGCCAUCGCAGCCUGCUACACCAUUGGAGGAGGAGCCCACAACACCUUCUAAGAAGUCCAAAAAGAAGAAGGCUAAGAAGGGCAAAUCUGUCGAUCUUGGGUCCACCGUCGACGACGCAACCGCUAACAAGACUGAAGCCGCAACCUCUGUUGAAGCCUCCCAGCCCGAGCCGAUUGUCAAUACUAGCCCUGCUUCGUCGUCCGAGCCUUUACAGCAACCUGUAGCUGAAGAUGACCGAGCACUUGACGUAACACCCGGAGCAUCUGUCACUCCAAGUCAAGAGGCCCCUCAAUCUUCACUCCCGGCCGACAACGUCUCGCAAGAGGUCAUACGCGAGUCAGCUAUCCAACCCAUGGAAGAGCCCGUUCUCGAAGUGCCAAGUCAAGAAGUCACCGAGACCAUCGCGGACGACCAAGCUCCUUCAACGCCAAAGAAGAGCAAGAAGAAGAAGAAGGCUAAGAAGGGCAAGUCAGGUGAUACUGAGCCAAGCACUCCCAUCAUCGAACAGUCUGCAUUCGAGCCUGAGGCAUCUGCCAAACCCACUCCGGCUGAGCAGCCUGCUACUGUGACCGAGAAGUUGGUGCAAGAGAAGACCAUCAAGGCAGAGCCGGCUAUGUCGCCAGCAGAGCUUGUGUCGCUUCCUGAGACCGAUGAUAAGGAUUUGGAUGAGCUAAUUGCAUCUCCAGCUGAGCUUGUGGCACUCCCAGCAACCGACGACAAAGAUCUGGAAGAGCGGAAGCCAGCUGCAGAAGUCAAUGCUAUCAAGGAGGUUGCUGCAGUGCCCAAUGUGUCAGUACCGGAAGCCGAGCUUGUUGCCCUUCCGGACACUGAUGACAAAGACCUGGAACAACCAGUACCUUCCGCGCAAACCGAGGAGCUCAAGGUGGAACCGGCUUUAUCGCCUGCUGAGCUCGUUGCUCUUCCAGAGAAUGACGACAGAGACUUGGAAGAACAUACUACUUCUGCACCAGUCGAGGUUGCGCCUGCUAUCACCGUACCGGAAGCUGAGCUCGUCGCUCUUCCAGACACCGACGACAACGAUCUGCAAGAACCGCUACAAGUCGAGCCCACCAAGGAGGAGGAUGUUGCAAAGCCCGAAGCCUCCGUACAGGAAACUGACAUCGCCACGCCUGCCACUGGUAUCACAACGCAAUUGGAGCCUAGCUCAGAUGUGGCUGCUAUUCCAGCACCUAUCGAACAAGCCACUGAACAAGCACCAGCCGACUCAACUCCGAAGAAGAGCAAGAAGAAGAAGGGUAAGAAGGGCAAAUCAAUCGACAUUACUGAGCCUAGUACACUAGUUACUGAGGAGCCUGAGCCACAGUUCGGAAACGUCUCUGAGACUACCCAGCCUAUCGAGGCUACCGUGCCAUCUUCGCAGGAGGCAAUUGGCACAGCGACUGAAACUCAACCCUCUGCUGAGCCUGUAUCAGCCGAAGUUGGUGUCGAGGAAGUUGUGCGCCAGGUACAUGACAAGCCCACUGAUGCCACUCCCGUUCCAGCGUCUUUCGAGCCGGUUGCCGGGCCUGCUUCGAAGAAGGCGAAGACACAAGACGUAGAGCUGGAGGCCCCCGCAGCUCCUCAACCGGAGUCAGUUGUAGAUGACACUCCUGCAGUCGUCAACCUCGACCCUACCACUAAGGUUACCUCACAAGAUACGCCGGAGAAGCCGGAUGCCGUCGACCUUCCUAUACCUCAGCCUACAGUGGACGAUGCCUCUGCAAGCAAACCACUUGAAGUGACUGACGAUGCUACUACACCUGCCACGCUUUCCGAGAGUGCUGUCGUGGAUGGGAUGACUGCACCUGAGUCUCGCUCAGAUCUACCUGCUACUCGGGAACUUCCCUUGGUUGCCAGCCAGCCUGAAGAGCUUGUCUCUUCGGAAGCCGCCAUCAAAGCUACUGCUCCUACUGAUGUACAAUCGGAAGUGGUGGCUGAGACUGAAGAGCCCUCUACCCCAUCUAAGAAGAGCAAGAAGAAGAAGAAGGGUAAGAAGGGAGAGUCGCUAUCUGAGCCUCAGACUCCAGUUGCUGAAACUGCGCCGGUCGUGCCUGAGAGUGCCAUCCAAAACAACGCUCAGCCCGCCGCUACGACGACUGAAGAAUCGACUACUCGCGAAGUGCUACCUGAGCCCAAUGUCGAAGUCUUGCCAGAGUCAAGCAAAGAUGUGAUCACCGAGCAGACAUCCAUUGUCACCAGCGAACCUGCUCAACCUGCCGGGGAAGCAGCUCUUCCGACUGAAGACGCAACCGCCGUUGUCUCGACAAUGCCUGAGCAAGUCAGCGAGCAGCCUGCGCCAACGACGCCGAAGAAGGACAAGAAAAAGGCCAAGAAAGCUAAGAAGGCUGAGCUUGAGAACGAAACGUCAGCUGCUCCUUCUACUGUUGUCAAAGAGGUGGCCCAAUCGCUUGAAGAGCCAACUACUGAGGUACAGAAGGCGUCCGAAUCUCAAGACAUUGUUGUCGGACAACCCACUGCCGACACUCAGGAUGUCACUCGGGCUGUCUCCCCGAGGUCCAAGCCGGUUGAUACCGCAAGUCAGGAAGUCGUGCCGCCCAUCGAAUCCCAGGCCGAAGAUACCACCACACUUGGCCCGGCUGAGGUUGCACCCGUACCUGAGUUCCAAGAGGAAGCCGUCGUCGUACAGCCCGAAGAGGUCUCGCGUGAAUCCGAGCAGAAGCAAGAUGUCGAAGAGUCUCCUUCCAAGAAGAGCAAGAAGAAGGCUAAGAAAGCUAAGCGUGCUUCUAUCUCCGAAGAAUCUGCGGCCACGCCUGUCACGGAGACACCGGUUGAAGAGAAGAAAUCGUCUUUGUCCGAGCAACAAGUCCCUGCAGUUGUGAAAGAGCCAUCAUCCGCUUCUGCUGCUGUAACAGAGUCAACACCAGCCCCUGCAUCAACCAAGGAGCCUACUUUUGAUCUUCCACCUGUGGCAAAUCUAUCUACCGAGCGCGAUCUUGUUGCGGAAGAUGCAGCAACUGUCCCCCUUCCCGAGACAUCAGGUCUAGAAGAUGACGCUUCAAGCUCUGAGCAGCCAGUUGUGAUAUCUGGGCCCGCUAAUGUACCAGUUGCCGAAGUGGUGACAGCCGAAGAGCCUGCUGUCGCCAGCAUGCUCAUCACCACACAUGAUGUUCCUGAGGAGCCCACCAGCCCUGUCUCCAAGAAGAAGUCGAAGAAGGCCAAGCGUGUCUCGAUUUCCGAAGAGACCACUUCCAUCCCAUCACUGCCUAUCGAGGAAAAGACUGAGCCGAUCGUCGAGGAACAGGCCGUCACUGUGGCUCCAAUCAGCGAGAAGUUGGAACGCGAAUCUCUAUCUACGGAGGAGCAAGUUCUUCCUGUUGCGCCUAUCGAGGAUUCAGCUCCUGCCGCUACACCUACUACCGAAGAGUCUAGCCAGCCAGAGGUCACAGUGGAGCCUGCGUCACCCGUCUCGAAGAAGAAGAAGGCAAAGAAGGCGAAGCGUGGAUCUAUUGCCGAAAGCGGUACAUCAACGCCUAUCGACACUCCUACCGAGGAGAAGAAGGAGAGCCCGCUUGAUCUUGUUGUACCAGCUACUUAUGAGCAGCCCCUUGCUGCGCCAGCGACUGAACAGCAAGUGUCGGAAACUGCGUCAGUGGAACCUACUGCCACUCUUCCUGUUGCACAAGAGCCGAAGGAGGAGGAGCAAUCUCUCCCUACAACUGGCGAUAACCAAGCUACAGCAACAGCACCACUUCAAGAGCAGCCAUCCGACACCGCCACUGCCGAGGAAGUUACGACCGCUACCGAGACUACCGAACAGCCUAACGCACCAUCUUUGAUCACCGACGAGCUUUCGACCCCGACCAAGAAAGACAAGAAGAAGGCGAGGAAGGCCAAGCGCGGUUCUGUUGCAGAAGCUGAGUUGUCGGUACCUUCUACCCCGGUUGAAGAAGUUUCCAAGGAGCUCACCAAAGAGACCGGAAUCCCACCCACAGUCGAAUCGGAGCCUCUAGUAUCGAUUGUUGUGCCUGCGACCGAGAGCCGGGACGUAGUCGCCACACCUUCUGAUGAGCAUUCAGUCACUACCCCUGCCACCGAGCAGAUCAAGACGGAAACAGCUAAGGACACUGCUGCGACUUCUGAGCCUCAACUUGCCGUUGAAGCCAUCAUUUCAGAGGCACCCGCUCAGCCCGAUACUUCUGCUACUGCAGCGUCCUCAACAGAGGUCAAACAAGAGGACGAGCAGGAACCAGCGGAGUGGGCUAAUCUGUUCAAAUCGGCAGAGAAGAAGCUCAAAAAGGCAAAGCGAGCAUCCAUUGCUGAGGGCGAACUAUCUCAGCCAGCGACUCCCCCCGUCACACCUACAGUAGUAGAGGAUUCAACUGCUGAGCCAAAGCCGGCUGAACCAAAGCUUCCAUCUGCGACCGCGAGUGGUGAGCCUGACAACAACCUGAAGUCAGCCGAGGAACGAGCCACGCCAUCCACCGCUAUUGAAAAGCCGACCAGCACUGCAACUGCAGCCGAAGAACAGACAACAGCCGGUGCAACACCAGAAGAACCUCCAGGUGACCCCAAACCACCCGACAAACAAGAUGCAGCAGCUGAGCCUGAACCCUCAUCGCCGGUCUCUUCCAAGAAGAAGGCGAAAAAGGCCAAGAAGCAGCAGCAAGAAGAAGAAGCUAAGAAGGCCGAGUCUUUUUUAGCAGAUGAGACGACUGAGGCAGCCAACUCUGAUACUCAGUCGUCUCUAUCGAACCCUACACUUUCGGAGACCCAAUUACCUUUCUCGGGGAUACCGACCUCAUAUCCCCAACCUUUUACGAAUGAUGAGCUUGUUGUUAAUGAUUAUGAUGAUGGUAUGCAGAUGGGGGAGCGUGGUGGCGUGGAGGAUGAGCAGAAGAAAGAGGGAGUGGAGGUGGAGAAGGGGGAGGAUGUGGAGGAGAAGAAAAAAGAGGACUUGGAGGGUGUGAAGGAGGUGAUGAAGGAGGAGGUGGUGGAGGAGAAUAAUAAUAAGGUGGUGCAGGAUGAGCAAGAGGAGAUGCCUAAGGGUUCGGGGGAAGUAGUUGAGACGCAAGAGGAGGUGGUCGCGCAGGACAAGGUGCUAGAAGAACCAGCUGAGCAUCUCAAACCUACAGCUGAGGAGGAGAAGUCGCUGGAUGUCGAGCAGGGGGUUGCGCCAACCGAGCUAUCGGAGUCAAGAUCUGACAAUGUUGAAGCUGAACCCAAGGAGUCGGCAUCUGUUGUAGAAGAGCUUACACCCGAAGCUCCACCGGCAACCGCUACGAUUGAUCCUGUCAUUGAGGAGCCUAGCUCCAAAAUGGAGGUCGAGCCCGUCGUCGCCCCAGCAAGUCCCAUCUUGCCGACCGUAACUGAAGACGAAACGGUAACCUCAAUCGAUGUUGAAGAAGUUCAGCCGGUGAUCCCAGAUCCACAGGAAGAGAUCAAGCUUACUCAGGAAGAGCCCGUUCAAAUACCCGAAACGCAACCCGUGGACUUGGUAGAAGACGCCCAAGCAGAUGUCUCAGAGCCGACCAAGAAGAACAAGCGCGCAUCUACGGCCGAGGCACCAGUGAAAGACGUCAGCGUUAUGGAGCCGACCAAGGAGGCCCCGUCUGAAGACAAGAGCAAAGACGCCGCAGCUUCAAGUCCCACUGAGCCAGUCAUCCUAAUGGUCGACGAGUCAAUUCAGGAUACUACCACCGAUCGACCCGACGUAGCAGCUCACCCAGUCGAGCCCGAACAGUCCGACAAGCCCAAUGAAGAUGUCGUGGCUUCUGAAGUCGCACAGCCUGACUUUGAGCAAGUCGUGACUGAGGAACAACAGAAAGAGGUUGUCGCACCUGUACCGGAAGCUGCUGUUGAGAGAUCCGUCGCGGAGCCUGCGCAAGAGCAUGCCGAACUCACUAUGGAUGAUUCUGAGCAACUACAAGAACCGGCACUCAACGAGCCAAGCAUUAUCAAGAACGACGAAGAGAUCAAGCAGCAGCCCGACACAGCGACCUCUGUCGAGAUUAUUCCUGAUGCCCAGCCCGUGCAGCUCGAGGAGACGGCACCUGUCCAACUCGAGCAGGCUACGGUUACGUUGGAGCCAAUCACCGAGACUGAAACUUCACGAGAAGCUGAGGAAGCUUUGCCACAGCCAGCCGUCGAGGCAUCCCCCAGUCUUCAGCCAAAAGUACCAGACGAGCCAGUUGUAGCACCUGUCGAAGAAGUGUUGCGACCCAUACCGCCGAUCGCUGAGCCUCAGGUGCCUCUUGGGGUUGAAAAGGUCACGUCUGAGCAACAAGACGUGACGCAGCCCGCCUUCGAGACCCCUAGCGCGCCUGAGCCGCCUAUCGAGGAGCUUCCAUCGUCAACGCCUUCGAAGAAAGAAGAGAAGAAAAACAAGAAGGCGAAGAAGCAGUCCAUUGAUGCAACGCCGGCUAAGAAGGCUGUGCCCGACGUUCAACGGGACCGAGCUGAAGAGGCUAUCCCACUCCAAGCUGAGCCUGCAGUUGCGGAGACGAUUGUCGAGUCCGUACCAGUUCAGGGUGAUGUGGCUGUUCCACAGCAAGCCGAUGCUUCAGAUGUCAAGGUUGUUGAGGUAUCGCAGCCUGAAGGGUCACGGGAUCUUGCCAAAGAACAGGUUGUUGGACAUUCCAAGCCCGAGGAACCACAACCUGUGCCGGAGGCAGUCAUUGAACCGGUAGUCGUUGAGCCUAAGGAAGUCACUUCUGAGGUUGCGUUGGCAGAAGAUGAGACCGUCCUACAACCCAGAUUCGAGACUCCAUUAUCUGCCGCGAACGAGCCACUUCCUGCUUCAGUUGUAGAGCCUGAGGUCUCAGUUCCCGUAGAAGACGCCACAACUCCAUCUAAGCAGGCGAAGAAGAAGGCCAAGAAGACUAAGGCGAAGGCUUCGGAUACCAUCACGCCUGUUACGGAAGGCGUUUCUAAAUCCCAGCCUGAAGCCUCCCGGAAAGUCGGUAUCCUCGAGCCUGUCGCGAAGCCCGAGGCUUUUGAAGACGUCCCGCUGCCUGUAUCUCGAGAAGAGCCUAUUGUAGAGGCUGUGCGUAGCGACAACGCUGAAGUCUCGGUGGAUGCGCCUGUGACUGAGCAAGAACGUUUGAUUGACGACAGCGCUGUGCCCCCGAUUGUUCAAGAGCCUGCAGUUGAGCUUCUCGUUGAGCAGCCGAGUGAAAAGGUGCAAGCCGACAAUCUCUCACCCGAACAACCCCAAGAAGUUGUUGCACAUGAGCCUACACUCCACAGCUCUAUAGAAGAAGACCGCAACGUCGAAGUGCCAGAUCCUACUCCUCAGCAAGACGUCCUCACAAAGGACGAACGCCCGCUUGAACAGGAGCAGCCUAUCGAGCCGAUCAUCCCAGUCGCGACGGAAGUUGAGCCUACUUUAGAGGAGCCAGCUUCGCCUUCGGUAUCCAAGAAGAAGAACAAGAAGGUGAAGAAGGCAAGCGCUGCAACACCGGCUGUGGAAGAGACUCCAGAGGUUGGUGGUGAUAUCGCCGCGACACCGAUCGCAGACGUCGUGCCACCCACACUCGAUGCGCAAGCUCGUGUUGAACCUGCCGUGGCAGAGCAACCCAAGGCUGAAGAGAACGCCAUAUCUUCUGAGACUCCUGUAACAGCAGAAGCACCCACACAGGCACCCAUUGAGCAUUCUGAACCUCUACCCAGCGAACAGGUCUCAGAGCCAAUCCAGCUCAAGGAGACGGCAGCGCCUGAGGAGAUCAAGACUGAUACAGUCAAGGCCCCGGAGCCUGUUCUGGGUCGUAAGCUAAGCAAGAAGGAGAAGCGCGAGGCUCGGAAACCAGCUGCUAUCGCAAGCGAUGAACCAAUCGCCGAGAGAGAGCCAGCAGCCGCGUCACCCAUCGAGCAUACUGCGACUGAGCCAUUGCCUACAACUCCUACCGUUGACAUCACUUCACCCGAGCAGGCCCAAGAACCUGCUACAGUGGAUCUUUCGACAUCUCAAGAGCCUACCGUUGAGCAAGAAGCUGCACGCGAGCUACCAGAGCGUGUAGUAGACGAAGCAACCGCAGCGGUAGUUGCAUCGGAACCUCAAGAAGUCCUCUCUGAAGAUGUUACGGUACCCGCUCACAAGGAGGUCGAGGAGAAACCUACUCUCCUUGAUAUCGCCGAGUCUGCAACAGAGGUAUCUUCACAGAUCGAGCCAGCUAUUAACGAGUUGCAGCAAUCAACUCAUGUCAAGGAGCAGCCCAACGACAUUCCCGAUGCGACAGUUGUUGAGACCGAGAAAUCGACCGCAGAGCCAGUCCAAGUAGAAGACCAAACCUUGCCCAGCGAGACUGCGGAAGUGGUCGAACAGCCAAGUACUCUAUCGCUCGAAGCAGAGGCUGCUAUACUGCCCGAACGCAUCGCAGUAGAUGAAGUCGAGUCUUACAACCGCAAUAUCUCGGAGCCUGUGGUUACAGAGAGAUCUGCAUCGCCAACGCUACCUACCAAGCAUGUCGUAGAGCAGCAACCCGCCCAUCAGGACGUACGUUCCGAGGUUUUUGCUGUUGAUGAGGUAGUUAUUGAACCCAUCACACUGUCCAAGGAGAUGGAGGAAAUAUCAGCGCCCUACACUGAGGACGUGGUAGAGCAGGAAGUUCAUUGGGAGCCUGCGCCUGAAUCUCUUCCAGUUGAUGAGGCAGUCACUGAGCCCAUCAGACAGGCUAUGGAGGUUGAGUCAGUUCCCGCAAGGGAUCCGCAAGUCAGCGAGACGGUUGUCGAGAACGAGCCUGCGUCCGAGGUGGACUCUUCGCCGAUAGAGCCGGAGACAGAAAAGAAGAACCUUUUGGUUUUUGACGUCUCUGCCCCAGCUGAGGUUCUCGUCGAAUCGGAGACAGUGCCAGCGUCAACUAACAGCGUCUCUCAAGAUCUAUUAGAGCACGUUGAACCUCAGCCAACUACCACUGAGCCAGUUGCUGUACCAGAACCCGUCUCACUCGAGCCUGAGAUCGAGCAGCUAGCGCAGGAGAUGGCUGAUGCACCUAUGGCUGAGACUAUUGUUCAGCAGGCUGAGCAGGAAGUCGCCAAAGCUGAAGAUCCUGAGACACCGCUUUCCCCCUCAACGUCAAAGAAGGGCAAGAAGAAGUCCAAGAAAAGUAAGAAGGCUGUCGAGGAGGUCCAGGAAGAGGUGGCUGCGCCAACUGAGCCUCUGGGUAAGAUCAAGCCUACUUCCCCCACACAGGAAAGCACUCCCGCCAUCGAGCAAGCCGAACAGGUCAAACGUGUCGAACCUGAACCAGUACCGGAAAUCCUCGACACUCCAUCGGAAGACUUGUCUCGUGCCAUCGUUAAUCAGCCUACCGAGACCACUACCGCGCGACAAGAUGACAACAAGACUUCUCAAAAGGACAGUCUCCCACUGGCAAAGCCCUCUCCUUCCCUCAAGGCCGUCCAAGACGAAGCAACAAGCCUGAAGCAACGCGCUGAUGACCUUGAUGACGAACUUGACGAUGAGCGUCCACCACCCCAAGAAGCCAAGAAGUCCACUCCCAUCCUCGCUGGUUCGAUUUUCGAUAUCGUCAACAAGCUCGCGAGCAAGAACGACAAGAAGCCGAAGCGCAUUAGCGACUCCAGCCUCAUACUCACGACUCCUACAGUUGCCCCCAAGCCUGUGGUUGAGACGGAGAAGGUUGUUGAGACGCCGAUGCCUGCGUCGGCGGCGGUAGAGGAGCCUAUCGAGGCACCUCCCGUCGAAGAACAGACAGCAUCAAUCGAUGCACCUUCCCGUGAGCUGAGCAAGAAGGAAGGGAGGGCAACGGUGGAUGAGCCUGCUACACCAUCGGAUCUUGUUGUGCCGGUUGAGGAAUCUUUGGAGUCGGCCAUUGAGCAGCCCGUUGAACAGUUACCAGCUACCACCAAAACUUCUGCCCGGAGUGAAGUACCUGACAAUGUGCCAGCCAAGGAUAUCGAAGCACCUACCGAGCCAGCCACAGUCGAGCCUGAGUCUUCGACCGUCAUCGCUGAGGUAAUCAAAGAGCCUGUCGCGGAGCAGCCGCCGACGCCGUCAAAGAAGCUUAGCAAGAAAGAAAAGAAGAAGGCUAAGGAGACAUCGGUGGUUGAGGAUGACUCCACAGUUCCGGCUGUAGCACCAGAGUCAAGCUUGGCAUCACCAAAAGAUGCAAGGCCAGAGGUAGCAGGUCCUGAAGCUGAAGCACCACCAAUGCCAAUUGCCCUCCCCACCACUGACGUGGUAGAGACCAUCCAAGAGUCUCGCGACAUUUCUCUGCCUCAAGACUCAGAGCCUGCAGUUGCCCCUCCUCUUGCACGCGAGGAUAGCAACAAGGACAAGAAGGAGGAAGCGGUACUUGAUCAGGCCGAGCCGCAAAAGUCUGACAAUGUGGUCACGACGGAGAACGUACCGACUGAGAUACAAUUGGUCGAACCGUCGCAUCUAGUGGAAGAGAAGCCCGCAAUUACAGACAACACCAAGGUCGAGUCUACACAACGCGACGUGACCGUGGGGGCUGAGCCGCAAACUCCUAGUGAUCUCUCGAAGAUUACUGAACCGUCAACUAGUGAGACAGUGUCUGAGACCAAGACAGCUUCGAAGAAGAUCAAGAAAGAGAAGCGCAAGUCAAAGAGCAUUGCUGAAUCUUCAGAAGAGCCAGUCAAGGUUGCACCUCUUGCUCCGGUAGAAAAGGUCGAGUCUACUGUGCCCGAGCCUGAAGUUGAAGUCUCUCCUGAGCAGUCAGAGAGCCAAGAGCGCAAGCUUAAGGAAGUCAAGAUCUCAGCGCCACCUGAGCAGGUUGUGGAGGCCGCGCAAGACGAGCAGCGCAUCACUUUCCCCAAGGUUCGAGCUGGAAAUGAUGUGCUCCCUAAGCCCAUCGAUACUUCUCAGUCGAGCAUUACUCCCCGUACAUCGACCGAAAUUCUUGAGAAAGUCCCAACGCCGACCUUGCAAAAGAAGCCUUCCAAGACGCAUAGGUUGGCAGCCAUGUUCGAGCGUUCAUCGCAAGAUGAUCCUGCUGGAGCACGAAACCUCCAUAGAGAAACAUCUGGGAGUGUCAAGAAUCUUGCCGAACGCUACGAGAACCAGUCUCGAUCGGUUAUACCCUCACUGCUCCCAUCUCCCGAGAAGCGACCUGCAUCUCGAAUGACAUCUCGCAGUCAGCUCGGCCCAGGUACACCGGAACGUUCGGAUUCCAAGUCACCUGCAAGAGAGAUUGACUUCGCAGCCACAGUUGCAGCAAGUUUGCAGGAGUCGGGCUUUGAUCCCGGGAUUGUCUACAACGACAGAUCUUUCCACCGCCCCAGCUCUAGCAAGGGCGCACGUGAUAUCGCACCGGAUGACGACGUGUUUGAUGCCAAAGAAAGAGCCAGUAGGUCCCGACUUGGUAGCCUGAGCCGCUCUUCAUCAGCUGGUGGCUCGCCUAGAAUACGACCAGUCAAACCCACCGAGCCUGAUGUCCUGCCACCUAUCGGAGUAGCGGUGGCAACCGCCGAUGUACCCUCUUUCGACCCACUGGAUGUUCUCAAUGACCCAGCUUUUGCAACGCGAAAGUCACCUCCUGGCGUACUUGAAGAGGCGGAUCCAGAUGAGCUAGCGGGGUCUUCUAGCCUGAGAAGGACCAAGAACAUGAAGCUCCACAAGCCUCUACCUGAGAUGCCAGUGGGUACCGAAUCGACCGAGGUAGAAGAGAAGGAGUUGGACUCGCCAAGAAAACGGGAUAAGACGGCAAAGAAGGAAAAGGAGCAGGCUUCAGUUCAGCAGGGAAGUGUCGAGUAUACAGCUACCGAGACUCCGGCGCUUGAGGCUCUCACAGAGGUGCCUCCUGCUGUUGAGACUCCAGUUGACUCCGCAACCCGCGAAGUCGAGCCAGCCCGAUCCAAGCCUGUCGUGGCGCCGAUCAACUUUGAAAAUUCACCGGAAAGGUCUAUGUCACCAAGAUACGCGGCGGAGCAAGCCAUCCAAGAAGAGCAGGAGCGGUUAAGGAGGAGAGAGGGAAAGAUGAAAAGGGAGAGGUCGAGGAAGGUGGGUACGGAGGGAAAGGCGCAGGCCGAGGAAUAUAGUCCCACUUUACCCGUGACGUUUGAUCAGGAGCCACGCUCGUUGACUACAAGCGAACCUAAUGAGUACCCGUUUCCGCUGAUUGUGCCAAGAAAGGAGGAUGUGGAGGCACUGGAAGCAGCUUUGGCAGAAGCACGCAGGAAGGAGCUGGAGAAGGAGAGGGAUAUGGAUUCAUGGGCACCAAAAGAAAAGAAGGAGAAAAAGAACAAGAAGAGCAGGAAAGUCGAGGAGACUUUGGGUGAUGGGUCAGCCCCCGCUGAGACAAGACCCGCGGACCCUGAGUCGCACAAGCGAAGGACGCAUCCAGUAUCUUUUACAAAAGAGCAGCCAAAUGAGAAGCGCAUCCAUACUCUGGAGCCGUCCGAGGAGCCUCGUUCCACAGCUCAGAGAACAAAGUCGUCUUCACAGACCGUUGUAGCAGGCCCAUCAACUCCCUCUGCUACGCAUCAGGCCACACCUGAGGUACAGGCAGCACGGGCAACCGAAACGCCCGCCCCCAAGCUGAGGCGUACUUCAAAGGGAUCUAGAACUCCCCUAAACACACCAAGCCGUUCUAUCGCGAGUCCUCAAGGCGUUGAAGAGAGCCCAGCCUUGCCCGAGUAUCCCACAUUCACUGCUGACUCCACUCCAAACAACGACUACGCGACAAAGGAGCGAACCUCCUACCUGUUUGACUCUUCCCCGUCAACACGUGCCUAUGGCACAUCGCCAGCAGUUCCAGCACAGACACCUGGUCAGGACAACCAGAGGGUACUCGAUACCCCAUCAAAAGACAAGGGCAAGUCAUCGCACACAGCCAAGCAAGCGCAGAGUCACUCAAAUGACGACUUGGUAUCGUCCGAGACAGAGGUCAAGCAGAAGGAGCCCUAUCAAUCCUUGUUUGGCGACCCAAGCGAGAAGCAGACCGAACAGAAUACUCCGCUUCCAACACCAACCACGAGGCCCGAUCGUCCAAGGAGCACUCAGCCACUUGAGUCGAUUACGGAGAACAGCCCAGAAGAUUCCAGGUCACAGAAGAAGUCGCGAUCAAUCGUUGAUGUAGGAGUGUCGGAGCGAGGACUAAAACAACCUCGACACACAGAGAGCUUGAAGUCAAUCACGGAUCGCAUGAGGUCGCCUCCGCUGCGCACGCCAACACCAACAGGCCGUAGAAGCGUACCUCCUGCGGUUGACGUAACAAGUGGAAGAGCGUCGCCAUGGCAUCAAGUCAAUGAGAGCCUCGAUCGAACCAUGACUCUCACUCCCGCACGCCGGAUGCCUCGUUCUUCCCCCAGCGCGGAGCCAUUGAAGCAGUACAUGGCGGAGCAGCGAUCAGCUAGCGUCCAAAGUCAACGCUCGUUGAGCAACAUUGCGAGGAUUAGGUCUCCGGACCAGGAACGUUCCAUGAGCUCAAUGAGUUCUACGCGGUCGUUGCGACGAGUAGACAGGCAAACGUCAGGUGACCUGAGAUCGGCUUCUGGGCUUGGCGGGGCCAGUGCGCAGGACGCUAAGAGUGCGCAACCCAAUCUUCCGAGCGCAGCACCCGCGCCCGGGGCAACAUCAGCCAUCGCGGGCAUCGCAAGCGCAUCAGGUUACGAUCCAGUCAGGGGCGAAGGCAAAGGUCGCCGGGCCAGUAUGGCUGAAACCUUCGAAGCAUGGGGCGAGGCCCAAGGAUCGCCCAUCUCGCCAUCUCGCCCACCCAGUGUGCGCAAACGUCAAAGCAUGCAAAUCAUGGAUUUGCAGACGCAACUAGACCAGCUUGCAGCGCAAAAUCAAUCGCUCGAGGCUGCAAAAGCAAGAGCCGAGGAGACGUUGCAGGCGACACAACAUCAACGUCAAGUUGAUGAGCAGCUGAUAGCUGAGGAAGUGGAAGCACGUGAUCGUCAGAUUCACCAAAGAGACAUCGACAUUGCGCAACUCAAGGACACGCUUAAACGACUACAAGAUGAGAUUGCGCGCCUCAGAGAACUCAACCAUGCGCUAUCAGAAGCCAACCGCAAUCUGACCAACGAAGCAAACGAACGAUAUACACAACUUCAGACCGAGAAGAGCAACCUUAUCGAGAACGCCAAUGAAAGGUAUGCUCAACUACAAGCCGAGAAGGCCAACCUCAUCAACGAUGCCAAUGAACGAUAUGCGCAACUCCAAUCUGAAGGACAAUUACUCCAGCAGCAAUUCCAAACAUCGCAGCGAGAGUUGGAGACGCUUCGCCAUCAGCACACCAAGAUGCAAGAAGGACUGGCCGAGGCGGUGCGCGACGAGGUCGGUGCCGCACUCGACGAGCGCAAUGCGGAAAUCGACCGCUUGAAAGCAGAGCUUGCAACCGCACGCGAACAAAUCAAGACACUUCAGAAGCAAAUCCUUGCUUCCAAAAAGCCAAGUGAAAGCUUCCUCACUGUUCGCGAUGAGGACUACUUUGACAGCGCCUGUCAACAACUCUGUCAACAUGUCCAGCAAUGGGUCCUACGAUUCUCCAAGUUCUCAGACACUCGCGCUUGCCGCCUCUCAUCUGAGAUUGCAGCUGAUACGAGACUGGACACGGCGACCCGCCAAAAGAUCGACACACGACUUGACAAUGCCAUCCUUGAUGGCUCAGAUGUCGACGCCCUUUUGGCAGACCGCGUGAAACGCCGAGACGUUUUCAUGUCGGUAGUAAUGACAAUGAUCUGGGAGUACGUCUUCACCAGAUACCUGUUCGGUAUGGACAGGGAACAACGACAAAAGCUCAAGGCCUUGGAGAAGACCUUGUCAGAGGUUGGCCCGCCACGCGCUGUAGCUCAAUGGCGAGCUAUCACACUUACUCUCCUUGCAAGGAGAGAGCCAUUCAUGCAGCAGCGCGCACAAGACACAGAGGCUGUUGUGCACGAAAUCUACAGCACACUUUCCACGCUUCUUCCGCCGCCAUCGCAUCUGCAACGGCAGAUCCAAGAAUCACUGCGUAACGUGAUGCGCCUAGCUGUCGAGCUAUCAAUUGAGAUGCGCACCCAACGCGCAGAAUACAUCAUGCUACCGCCACUACAGCCGGAGUAUGAUACCAAGGGCGAUCUCGUCUCCAAAGUUACAUUCCAAGCUUCUACUAUGAAUGAACGGUCAGGGGAGACGACGUCAAAUGAAGAACUUGAGGCGAAGGGAGCGAUAGUCAAGGUCGUACUGUUCCCGCUCGUCGUCAAGAAGGGUGAUGAUUUUGGUGAAGGCGAGGACGAGAUUGUGGGUGAUGAGCGGCGCCAUGUCAAUCACACGUCCAGACUCGAGGGCCAGCCGCAUCAGUCGCCCAGACUCCAGAGCCAGUCGUAUCAGCCGCAUGCCGAGCGUUGUGCCUGA